AUGUCGAAUAUGUUGCUAAGAUUAUCCAGCCGAAGUUUGCGCGAGCUGAGUGGGAGUGCCGGACUGUUUGGCACCAUCGGAACAAACCUACCCAAUCCGACAAGACUGUCCCGACACGGUUGCCUGCCGCUCCGGUUUCAGCACACAACCCGCCAGUCCGAUCCGAUGAAGGGCAAAGGUCCAAUCACGUGGAAAAGUUUUGCAUUUAUUGCCACCGCCGGUAUCGGUGUGCUCGGGUUCAUGUGGUACGUCAAGGACGAGAAAGAGCAAGCGUUGUUGCGCGAACGGAAGCGACAGCUAGGCAAGGCAGCCAUCGGAGGAAAGUGGGAUUUGACCGACUCGGACGGCCAUCCACGCAAAUCGUCCGAUUUUCUAGGCAAAUGGUUGCUGAUCUACUUUGGUUUCACGCACUGUCCCGACAUCUGCCCGGAUGAGCUGGAAAAAAUGGCUGCCGUGGUGGAUAAUCUGGAGAAGGACAAGGAUGCCGAUCCGGUGCAGCCAAUUUUCAUCACCGUCGAUCCGCAGCGCGACACCAAAGAGAUUGUGGGCAAAUACGUAAAGGAAUUUUCGCCGAAGCUGCUCGGUCUUACGGGAACGGUGGAACAGGUGGCGCAGGUAUGUCGAGCAUUCCGUGUGUACUUCAGUGCCGGUCCGAAGGAUGAGGAUGAAGACUAUAUCGUGGAUCACACGAUCAUCAUGUACUUGGUGGAUCCGAACGGUGAGUUCGUCGAUUACUAUGGGCAGAACCGUGAUAAGGAAUCGAUAAAGAAUUCCAUCCUGAUCAAUAUGGCAAAGUUCAAGCAGAUGCACAAAUCGUCUUGGUGGUAG